AUGCGCUUUUCAAGCAUCGCCGUAAUCUUACAAAGCGCAAUAUUCUUCGGGAUAGCCUUCGCUGCCCAUGAAGGCUCUCACUUUAGGGAGGAGCUUAAAGCAUUUGACUGUGACGGACGUAUUAUUAGCCAUAGUGAUUAUAGUAAUCAACAAUAUUUGGCAUCACUAAAUAUUGCAAACAAUUAA